UUUGGGGCACGCUGGAUGUGGGUGUGCCAUGUUCUCCUACCCCUCCUCAGACCAAAUGCCAGAGUGGUGAAUGUCUCCAGCUUUGUUAGCAAGAAGGCUCUUGAUACAUGCAGCCCUCAACUACAAGCCAAGUUCCGUGAUACUGAGCUCUCUGAGGAGGAGCUGUGCUUGCUGAUGGGGGAGUUUGUUAUUGCCGCUCAGCAGGGAAACCAUCAGGCCAAUGGGUGGCCAAACACAGCCUAUGGCACAACAAAGAUUGGAGUGACUGUGCUGUCCAGGAUUCAGGCUCAUAUUCUGACUAAAACCCGGGCAGCUGAUGGAAUCCUGCUCAACGCCUGCUGCCCUGGCUGGGUCCGCACUGACAUGGCAGGCUCAAAGGCCCCCAAGAGCCCAGAGGAAGGAGCACAGACUCCUACCUAUCUGGCACUUCUUCCUGAAGGGGCAAAGGAGCCACAUGGACAGUUGGUGUGGGACAAGACCAUUCAGGAAUGGUAGAGUGAAGG